AGAGAAACAGAAAAAGAGAAGAAAAAAUUCGAUCGAGUUGUUUGACAUAGUCAAUUAUUUGCUCCAAAGCAACCAAUUCAUAUCGUAUCACACCCACAUGCGAUAAUUUCUUUGUUGUUGAUUCGUCUUUUUUCCGAUUUAGUUUCAAAUGCAAGCAAUAAUUUGUGUGAUUAAUAAAGGUAUCUAAGUGCCACAUGUCUAUUUAUAUAUCGAUUGCUGAUUUUCAGUGCAAAUACUAAACGAAAUUGCCUACGUUGGCCAAUCAGUUGAAAAAGACAAAAGUUGAGAGACAGAUAUCAAUUGGUUAUGAGCAUAAUACAAACUAAUGUCAAUUGAAACGUAUUAUGCCCAAACCAUUCUUUGCAACACAUACUUCGAAUUAAAAAUAUUUUUAAAAACGUCGUCAAACCAACAAAGAAAUGGCAAUUACAGCGACUAAAACGCAUGAAAAUGAUUAAUUCCAUUUUGUUGGCAUGGAAUUGAUUGUUCAAUUCCCAAAUGGAACACACACACAUACAAUUUCAACUCAAUUAACACAACAGUUUUCCACUUGUGAAACGCUUGACGCGAAUCAUCACCCAGCAAAAUGGCAAUCAAAGAUUUGCUUGUUGUUCGCAUUAUAGCCAGUAUUCCGUUAAAAAUUUGGACAGCGUCCGGAGCGGCGCUGCUCACAUGCUUCAUCGUUUAUUGCUUUUAUGGAUCUUUAGUAGCGCUAGCACUUCUCACUUCCACUAUUUUAUAUGUUCUGUAUCAAGUGCAAGAUAACCUACUUUAUCACCCGGAAAUUCCACAACAUUCCCGAAUCUAUGUGCCAAUGCCUUCAAUGUACAAAAUGCCAUUCGAAACGGUUCACAUUCGAUCGACUGACAAUGUGAUUCUGCACGCGUUUUGGAUACGACAUCCCGGCCAAAGCGGCAUGCUUGUACCAAACAUCAUUUAUUUCCACGGCAAUGCUGGCAACAUGGGACAUCGAUUGCAAAAUGUAACUGGACUCUUUUUUACGUGCCGUUGUAAUAUUCUUUUGGUGGAUUAUCGAGGCUAUGGUCUAUCGACCGGUGUACCUACCGAACGCGGUUUGCACGCUGAUGCUCGGGCUACAUUUGACUAUCUCUUUACACGGCAUGACAUUGACUUAAAUCAAAUAUGCAUUUUUGGUCGAUCGCUCGGUGGAGCCGUUGCCAUUGACUUGGCUGCCGAUCCGGAAUACAAUCAACGAAUCAUGUGCGUUAUAUUGGAAAACACAUUCACCGGCAUACCUGAAAUGGCCGCCGAAUUGAUUCAUCCAGGCCUAAAGUAUUUACCAUUGUUUUGUUACAAAAAUCAGUAUAUGUCAGCAUAUAAAAUUCAUUUUUUUUCAACGCCGUGCCUCUUUGUAUCAGGACUGGCUGAUACGCUCGUUCCACCACGGAUGAUGAAUCAUUUAUACUCAAAAUGUGGGAGUCUACGCAAGGAAUUGUUGCAGAUUGCCGGUGGCACUCACAAUGACACAUGGACAGGAAAUGGAUACUACAACGGUUUAGUGCGAUUUUUAUCGGAAUGCAAGGAACAACGAGGUCCUCUCCAAAAGCCGCCUACUCGAAACAAAGACGAAUGGCCAAAAAUCGAAGAAGUUUAAUUUUAGUCAAGCAUUUAGAUAGGAAUUUGAAGUUUGAUUGUUAAUUUAAAUAGCCCUUACACUGUGAGUUUCGCAGCCAUCAUAAGCCAAAAAUGGAACAUCGACGAAUGAACCAGCAGAAGUCCAUGAGUCGAAAAUUGGAAGGCUGGCAAUGUUCACAUCCAAAAUGAAAUCACUAUAUGAAGUUGGAAUUAAGAGGAUCAAUAGAGAAUUAAUCGCACCGUGAUACAAAAUGGCAAUUAAGUGAUUGGAUUUGUGCUUUGUUGUAGUUCGAAGUAGAAGAAGGUGAACAUAUGGAAAUUGUGCCUUUGUCUUAGUUUGGAGAAAAACAAAUCAUUUUUUCGUUUUUAAUUUUUAGCACAUACUGUUUUGAUUUUGCUUUUAACAUAGACUGAUUAGACACUCUUCUCUGUUACUGACCUAGAUUAAAUAGCGUUUAGGAUGAUGAAUUGAUUUUUUUUUAAAUGAUAUCAAAUGUGGACGUUUCUUCCUUUCUUUUACUGAAUACCUCUGCCAUUGGAUAAUACACUAAUUGAUUGCAAACAAAUGAAUAAAAUAUUAAAAUUGAAUCAAA